AUGAAUCGCGUGCUCCCGCGGAAUCCACCUCUUCGCGCCGAUCGCGCUCUAGAGAAGCGCGCCCGUUACGAAAAGCUCAACGAUUUGACGGCAACCCGAUCCCCGCAUCUCCGCAUCUCUUCCGCUACCUUCCCCUCCUCCGCUUCCUCCGCCUCCUCCGCUUCCUCCGCCUCCUCCGCUUCCGCUUCCUUCUCCCGCUUGUCCUCGCUGUCCUCAUCUCCCCAGUAUUACCAGGAGGCCCGGCUCGGGGCAGUGGAGAAUGGGAGGAAAUUCGUGAUGCUGGCAGCAGAGCGAGAGCAGCUCACCAAAGCAAGGCUGCAUCUAGGGGAGGCGAUGACGAUCGCAAACCUCACGAAUCGCACCUUUGUGCUCACACACGCGGGCAGCAGCCGCAUCGGCAUGGACCGCGACCUACCGCUCUGCACCUACUUCAACAUUGACAAGAUCACGGCGCACAUGGAGUGGAUCACAGAGGACUACCUCGCGGCUGAGAUGCUCCGCUUGCAGCGGCCACUCCAGAUGAAGACUCUGGUGCUGCACAAGGCACGGCACCGGUGCAACCAGCAAAUCUGGCGGCAGGUGGAAGGGCGGCCAGCGUUCAAAGAGCACCCGUGGGCGCGGGACAUCCUGUCCUUCCCCCUCCGCAUCCGCUGUGUGAAGGAGGAGCACCGCCGCCACACCCAAGACGCCUCCGACGCGCUCCUGGCGGCUCUCCGGGAGGAUGACGUGGCGGCUGCUGACGUCAUCCUCGUGUACAAGCUUGCUGACGAGGCGUACUUUCUGCCAGACGUCGUCGGGCCCGCCAUCAGAGCCAUAGAGUUCGCCCCGCAUCUCAAGGCCAUAGCAGCCAGCAUGACGCACCUCGUCUUUGCCAACUCCACACCCACUGCUGCCACCGCGCCGGCCACCAUUCCCAACAGCCUCCGGGAGCAACUCAGGCGCCACCCAGGGCAGGUGCGGUACUUAGCGGUGCAGUGGCGCACAGAGUAUGCGCUGCUGCAGCCCAACAUGAGUGCUCGCCUCAUGCUGCGGUGCACUCGCGGACUCAUUAAAGCUGCCUGGACCGCCAUCCGCACCAAGGGGUUAUCAGAGAGAUUGUUUCUGGCCACGGACAUGCAUCCGGACGGCCGCCCUGUCUCCAUGUCCUUUUACGGACUCGAGUUCAUGCAGCAGCGCAUAGCCAAGCGUGUCAUUCAGCUUCUUUACUCCAAAUUGCAGCCUGUGUCAUGGACUACAGUGGACCCUCAGUUUCCGCACCUGGAUGCUGGAGUGCAGGGAAUUCUGGACAAGCUGGUUUGUCUAAAGGCAACUUUCUUUCUAUACCCUCCAGACCAGUGUGGAGGCCACAGCAGCAGUUUUACUCGGGACAUUAUUGGCAACAGACGGAAGAAUAGGAGGGCCUUUCCCAGUGAAGCAUGGAGUUUGGUGUAA